AUGGAGCAUUCGUGGGAGACGGCAGCCUCGCUCGCCUCGCUAGGAGGCGAGAGCGAGGAAGAGGAGGAGGCGUUCCGCCCUCCCGUCUCCGCGGCGGCGGGCGGCGACGACGGACUGGACGAGCCCGUCCUCCUCGUUGACCUCGCUGCGGUCGCCGCGUCGGCGGGCGGCGCCGUCACAGACAUGCAGCAGGCGCGGACGAUGGUGUUGGAGGCGCUGGGCGGCGAGGACGAGUUCCUCGCCCGCUCCGAGAACCUCUUCGCCUCGGGCCACUGCCGCCACGCCGAGCGUCGCAGCUGCGGCGCCGAGCGCGAGGCGAUGGAGGCGGAGCGCGGUGGCGGCGCGGUCGUGUCGGUGAUCUUCUACCCUCCGAUCUGCGGCGGCGUGCCGCUGCGCGAGCUGUGGCGCGCGGUGCGCGAGCCGUCCGAGUGGGAGGUCGUCGAUGAGCUCAAGCUGCGGGCGGCAAGGUGCCACAAGUCCCUCAAGUGGAAGCUGGAGGUGGCGCGUGAGGCUGAGGCGCUCGCCGGCGCAUCCGUCCGCGAGGGCGGCGGCCGCCCCGUCAACGGAAACGGCGGCGGCGGGGGCGUCAGGAGUGACGGCAGCGCCUUCGGUCUUGAUUGGGCGAACGGGUGCGGCGCCGCGCGACUGCCUGGAGGCAGCUGCGAGGAGGAGGAGGCCGCGGUCGAGACGGUGAGCGCGGCCGAGGUCCUCGCGGGCGUGGCGGAGUAUGGCCCGAACUACUCGCUGCCGCAGCCCGCGGAGUCUAAGACGGCGCGGCGGAAGCGGCUGCGCCUGGACGCGGCGGCGAGGAUCGCCGGGCACGCCGUCGUCAAGGCAGGCACUCACGUGGAGAUCCUGGGCGAGCACAGGUGGUGGCCGGGCACCAUCACGGGGCGAGAGGAGGGUUCGGACGGCCGGCUCGUGCACGCGGUCGAGUACGAUGGCUACCCCGACCAGGAUUUCCGGCUCAACCUAGAGGAAGUGUCGUGGAGGCGGGCGACGCUCGGCGCCGGCGGCGCGGCCCCCACCAGCGGCGAGGUCAGCGACGGCGAGGGCAGCGACGAGGCUGCGGACGCGCUGCCGGCCAGCGCGACCGACAUCGGCGGCGCGGUCGCCACCGGCGACGAGGGGAGCGGCGUCGAGGGGGACGGCGGCGAGGCUGGGGACGCGCCGCUGACCUGCGAGCCCGCUCCGACACAGCCAAGGGAGCGGCACAGCGCGAGGGCUGGCGACGAGAGCCCGGCGGCAGCCGGGAUGGCCAGCGGCGACGCCGGCGCCACAUACGCAGCACCCGGCGGGUAUGCUGGCCGGGAGGAGGCGGCCGGCGAGGCGAGCUCCGCCCCUGCGGCCCUCAACUGGCCGGGGCGGAGGAGGCCGCGGCGCAGCGCGGCCAUGGAGCUGCUUCGCGCUGCUCGGCGAAACGAGGACGAGCAGCGCGAGGCGAUGAGUCGAAGGCCAGCCGCUGGCUCGCUGUGA